AUGGAAGCCUCCAGCAGUAGACGGAGAAGCGCAUCGCAAGUUGCGCGCCGGCGGUCUAAUUCGUCAAAUUCCAUCCAAGUCCAUCAUGAAGUGACAGUCAUCUCAGAUCGCGAAGCUCUCGCUCGCAGAGACGCCCCACCUGUCGCAAGUGAUAUCCGCAGUUACAGACCAUCUUCCAGCCGCACGUACAGCGACAUAAGUACGAAAGGACAUGAUCGUCGGCGGAGUGAACCACCAUACAACCCAGACAGGGAUAAGAGACCUGCUCGAGAGCGAUCAGAUGGAGGUUACUCACGACGAAGCUCAAGAGACCCGGGUGCGUCUCAGAGUAAUCGAGAAAGCAUGCGAGCGCUUGCAGAUUUCCUGACGCGAGUACCGCCACCUGAGACCAAUCUUGUGGCUGAGAAUGCCGAAGACGAUUUGAAAAAUCGCAAGAAUAAAGGCGCAAAGAAGUCACCAUUCAGGAUACUUUCAAAGAUGCGUUCUAAGAGAGAAAAGGAGCCAGAAUCAGUUCAAAGAUCUGAUUCAAAUGUCUCGUGUAAGACUGGCGCCGGUGCACGUUAUGUGCCAAUCACGAUCUCACCAGAACAAACACUGUCUACGCAGUCUUCCUACCAGUCAAUGCGAGAUCCAGACGCGAAUUAUAUAAGAUCAGGAAGAGCCUCACUCACUGUUUUGAACCCGGUAGCCGAAGCGCGCGAAUCAGGGUCAUUUCAUAUGCUGAUGUCUGGCGCUCAAAACGGAACAUUUGACUACGAGCGCGAACAACGGAAAAUGAAUGCAACACCUACGGAAGAUAUCAUAGGAGCCGAAGCUGUCAAGACACUAGAAAACUUCUACCGUCAGCAAGAAAGGCGUUCCAAACUUGCGCGACAUGCUUCAAGUCAGAGUAUGCCUUCGCGAUACACCCGCGGGUUUGCUCCUCUCUCUAUUAUCACGCCCCUGGAGCACCAGCACACAGAAUAUAGCAACUCCAGUGGUACUGUGGAGAGUUCCCAAACUCGUAGCCAUUCGCGCGGCGCAAGUAGUGUCUCAACUGCUCCGAGUCACCAUGUCUCUAAUGUUGGUGUUAUACCUCCGCGACAGACGACAAGGGUACCUUUAGGUGUGCCACAAGAAUAUGUUGACAAUUCAGUCGGUCCUACGGAUAUUUCAACCAACGACCUUAGAACGCAUCUCAAUAGUGCCUCGAUCAUCACUGAUGGCAUACAGCCCAUUCAUGGGUUGAACACAGCAGCUGCAACUACGUCGAACUUGAGUGAAGCUAACAUGGAAACUCAUCCUCCUCAGAGCACGAGCACGGCUCCUUCUAAGACUUUGAUCGACGUUUCUGGAGCUCGGGUCGCUAUUAUAUCACGACCUGCAACGGCGCCGCCCUCCCAGACGAGGCCAGUGAAGACACAAAUCUUGAAACGACACUCUACUGUUGGAGCUAACACCUUUUUGACAACACCAACCGACAAUAUAGAUUAUGAUGACUAUGACUUUUUGCCGAAGACAAGAGAAGAACAAGUAAAGAUCAAGAAAUCGCGGGAUAUGGCUCUUCUGUAUAUGGAAAACACAAGCAGUCGCAGGAAGAGUGCUCCAACGGUCUUUGGACAUGAUCGCGCUUAUUCUGACGUACCUAUGCCAAAGCCUCUUGAAUAUGAGAAAUACGAGGGAGGGUUUACACAAUUGGAGUCGAGUAAGAAGCCACAGGGCAUCUUUGCCACAUCAAAGGCGCCAUCUGCAUCUGGCAUGAAUGGUACCGAGGCCAAUGAAAACAUAGAAAGAGGUUUAACGGCUACAGGGCUAAGCCAAGUUGUUUCAGAUUCCCCUUCUCUACCACGACCUGGUGAAUACCGUGGAGCAACCUCGCUAGCUCCUGGAAGGGAGAGACCGGAUUCAGGAUCCGUUUACUCGACUCAUACGCCUCUUCAAUCCAUGACAGAAAGCAUGACACGUCAAUCUAGCGUACGCCCACGACAUAGCAUACAUGCAAGCAAAGACAGCCUAUGCGACAAGAUAGUAUCAGACUUCUCCAUGAUCUCGCGCAACAACUCUGAGCCAGGUGCAGCGAAAGCCUCCUCACGUGCUUCUUCGAUUCGACCCAGCAAUAUAGAGCGGAUCAAAGCACAGAAUAUGUCAGAGAUAUCUCUGUCACCUAUCCGAACGGUCGCUGAGUUCCCGGAGUACACGGGCUUUGUUGGAGAUUCUGAUCUUUCCUAUUCAGCUCCACCUCCAACAAGUGACCGAUCCGUUAAACGAGCUUACAGCACUGUUAGUUCUCAGUCAGUUGAGCAAACAAGCACCCAUCUUGUACCUGAAUCACUCCUAGCUUCUGAUUCCGAUACUCUUGCUGUUGCAGCCCUACCAACACGUCUUCGUGGUGUACCACGACACAGAUCCGUGGAAAGUCUUAAGCCUCCAUCUACGCUCGAGGAACGCCGACAUGAUCGCCGUAUGAAACGAAACAACGUAUUGAAGGAAAAGAGUCCCAAGACGCUAGAGUUGGAACGUAGGAUUAGUCGAAUUGAGAGGGACAACCAGAUUUUGGUUAGAGCCUUGACGGGUAUUGCUGCUGGUGUUCAGGAGCUGAAAUUGUUCUAUCAACCUAUUGACGAGGAGGCGCUACGUUGA